UCUUUCUCAACAAGCUCAUGGAGCCAGAGAGGGAAAGGAGCGGGAGCACCCUCAAGAAGGGCAGAAAGAGGAGGCGGAUUCCGAGCAAGCUGGUCGGGGCCGCUGAGGCGAUGAGAUCCCGUUGGGAUUUUGAGGAAAGGCAGCAACCUGUAGCCAAGAAAGCUCGAUUAUCUGCCAUUUUAUUUGCUGAAAACUGUGAAGUAACCCAUGGCCAGCUAUGUGAAUUGCUGAAGUAUGCAGUUCUGGGCAAAUCCAGUUUUCCUAAACCCAGCUGGUGCCAGCUUUUUCACCAAAACCACCUGAAAAAUGUGGUGGUUUUUAUACUGCAGGGAUUGAGUCAGCUACACUUUUACAAGUUCUAUUUGGAAUUUGGAUUUCUCCGAAAGGCAUUCAAACAUAAAUUCCGCUUGCCUCCCCCUUCAUCUGAUUUCCUAGCUGAUAUCAUCGGGCUGCAAAAGAAACAAAUAAUUGGGAAUCUGCCCAAAGCAAUGGAAGGGUCUUUACAUUUUGCUAGCUCAAAAAUUAGCAUCAACUUGCAGAAAGACCCCAUCAUUCAAAAGUAUGGCUCUAAGAAAGUGGGCUUGACUAGAUGCCUUCUCACAAAGGAGGAAAUGAAAACAUAUCACUUUCCAUUACAAGGUUUUCCUGACUGUGAAAACUUUGUACCUACCAAAUGUAAUGGUUCUGUAACAGACAACAGUCCUCUCUUUGGCCUUGACUGUGAAAUGUGCCUUACAUGCAAGGGAAGAGAACUAACACGUAUCUCACUGGUUGCUGAAGGAGGCGGCUGUGUUAUGGAUGAACUUGUUAAACCUGACAACAAGAUUGUGGACUACCUCACCAGUUUCUCAGGAAUCACAAAGAAGAUUCUUAAACCAGUGACAACCAAACUCAAAGAUGUACAGAGACAGUUGAAGAUCCUUCUUCCUCCUGAUGCUGUGUUAGUGGGCCACUCCUUAGACUUAGAUCUCAGAGCACUGAAAAUGAUACAUCCAUAUGUUAUUGAUACAUCAUUGCUUUAUGUCAGAGAGCAGGGCAGAAGAUUUAAGCUCAAGUUCUUAGCCAAAGCUAUUUUGGGGAAGGAUAUACAGUGUCCAGAUAGGCUUGGUCAUGAUGCUACAGAAGAUGCUAGAACAACCCUUGAAUUGGCUCGGUAUUUCCUCAAGUAUGGCCCAAAGAAGAUUGCAGAACUAAAUCUGGAGGCUCUAGCUCGUCACCAGGAAAGCCAAGAGCCAAGAAAUACAGCAGAAGUAGUUCAGCAGCUAAACACAAGUGUUUUAGAAUGCCUAGAUUCAGUGGGCCAGAAGCUCCUUUUCUUGACCCGGGAGGCAGAUGCUAGUGCACUUUCUUCUUCCAAAAACUGUCAAACUAUUAAGUGCCUUUCAAAUAAAGAGGUUCUUGAGCAGGCUAGAGUGGAAAUCCCCCUGUUUCCCUUCAGCAUCGUGCAGUUCUCUUUUGAACCCUUUUCACCCAACCUCACUGAAGAGAUGAACAAAAGGAUAAAGAUCAAGUGGACAGAGAUGUCAACCGUCUACGCUGGGCCAUUUAACAAAAAUUGUAACCUCAAGGCUCUGAAGAGGCUGUUUAAGAGUUUUGGUCCAGUCCGGUCCAUGACUCUUGUUCUUGAAACACAUCAGCCACAUCUCUGUAUACAGUAUGAAGUCCUGGAAGCUGCCCAGCUGGCCAUAGAGUCUUUGGAUGGCGUCCUGGUAGAGGGUUCCUGCAUCAAGGUGCAGAGGCCUGUGACAGAACUCACCCUUGAUUGUGACACCCUUGUGAAUGAGUUGGAACAAGAUUCUGAGAACCGAGGUACUAUAUACCUGUCUGGAGUGAGUGAAACCUUCAAAGAACACCUGUUGCAACAGUGUAGCCUCUUCCUGGGCCUGGAAGCUAUGAUCUUGCCUAAAGAUCUUAAAAGUGGAAAGCAUAAAAGAUAUUGUUUCUUGAGGUUCAAAACAUUUGGCAGUGCCCAGAGAGCCCUCAACAUUCUCACGGGCAAGGACUGGAAGCUGAAAGGCAGGCAUGCCCUAACACCCAGGCACCUCCAUGCCUGGCUCAGGGGCUUACCACAUGAAUCAAGGCUACCAGGGGUUCGUGUCAUACCUCCCCCUUCAGAGCAGGAGGCCUUGCAGAUGCUGAAGGUGGACCACCCAAAGAUAGCUGCCUGGCACUGGGGCCGAAAGAUAGGAAAGCUCUACCACAACCUGUGUUCAGGCACCCUCUGCCUGAUCUUGCUGCCAGGAACUAAGAGCACUCAUGGAUCACUCUCUGGCCUAGGACUGAUGGGAAUAAAAGAUGAAGAGGAAAGCACCACUCCAAAUAUGUGUUUGUGAGUCUGCCCACCACUUUCCAGGUGUCAUUUCUUAAUCCCUUGUGGGCAAUGGCAGAAAAUGUGGUCAGGCUGCAGGCACUCCACAGGCUGCCAGACCUCUCUAUAUAGCAGAUAGUCUAGUCCAUUUAUAAAUGGCAUGUACAAAUUUUCAAUAAAUACCUAAAAUUCAAACCUCAUCUUAAGAGUGAGGGGAGGCUACCAGUUUGUACUUUCUUUGGUGUCAGUGGGUUUAUAUACAAGUAUUCUAGCAGGUGCUUAUUUCAUGUAGCACUCCUAUUAAAUGGUAUACUGUAUAUAAGUAAGGAAACCAGGAAGAGAAAACCCAGACAGUAUGUGGUUUGUCAAAGUUGUAACAUCUGUGAAGCAAAAUUCUGUAAGGCAAACUACUUUCUAUUGAAUGACUGUUAUAAAAUUGAAAGAAAAAGGCUGACUGAAAAUCUGGCAGGUCCACAGAGGAAAAUAGAAGGCUCUUAGCUUUUAACCAACCCAGGAAACCCUCUUUCAGUUCAGUUUUUAGGAACGCUUCCUUCCAGAGUGACUGCAGUGUUACCCUUUACCAGUAGGUGCCUCCAACACCAGCAGUCCUAACUUAGAAGCUUCAAUUUCAGUUAAAAAAACCUUUGCUUUUUAAAAAAUUAACUUUCAAAUUAUCAACAUUCUGUGUUGGAAAGGACAUGGGCACAGGCACACACAGUUCCAAAACUGAUAGCUGAUACUAGCUGCCCUUCUGGAAAGAUGAACUAAUCUGUCAAGCAGUAUGUAUCAUUCCAAAAAGCUCUGUAAAUUGCUCCCUACCCUGGGACCCAGCAGUUCUACUCCGAGUAUUAUCCUACAGUAACAAGAUAGUUUCUCAAAAACAUGUAUGGAGGAUAUGCUAAAGGGUUAUUUGGUGGAAUUCUAUUCUUUAAAAAUUAUGUGUGUGUGUAAAUAAAAUUUAGUGAAAGAUCUACAAGCAGCAGCAGCAGACCUCUGGAUCCAGACUACCUGACUGUGAAUUCCAGCUUUCCUGCUUUUAGUUGUGUGAACCUGAAUAAAUUAUUUAACACCUC